UUGAAUCAGAUUGCCCCUACUCCACUCAACCCACCCUAAUUAUAUUUCUUUAUUAUUUUAGGGUUUGAACCAGUCUUAACAAAUCAAAGUUGUCUUUAGGCUGAGUAAAAAAGACACAAAAACUACAUUUAUUCUCCUACAAGUUUUCAUACACAAAUGUAAGCAAAAUCCAAACUUUAUGACCCUUAAGAAGAUAGAGAAGAGGUGGCUUGAGGGGGAACAAUUAAGCUUUGGAAGAGACAAGUUGCUUUUUCUUCUUUUCCUUUUUGCUAUCACCUUAUCUCUCUCCCUGUCUCUUAUAUUGUUGUAUUGCUUAAUUUGGAGUGCUAGCGGCACUGGGGGAAAGAAGAAAAUAAGAAACAUCAGUUGUGUGAUGGGCAUAAGAGAACAGUAACCAAAGGAAAUGACUUGGUGCAAUGACUGCAGUGAUGUGCAAACAAUUGAGAGAAGCUCGUCGCCAUUACCUGCUAAUACUAUUACAGCCAAAGCCAAAGACUGCCUGGUUAGAUCUUGCCCCUCAUGUGGUCAUCAGAUUAAAUGUAAUCAGCAGCCGAGAAUUCAUGAUUUGCCUGGACUACCAGCUGGGGUGAAGUUUGAUCCCACGGAUCAAGAACUUCUGGAGCAUCUGGAAGGCAAGGUUCGAUCUGAUAGCCGUAAGCUUCACCCACUUAUCGAUGAGUUCAUCCCUACACUUGAAGGCGAAAAUGGAAUUUGCUAUACCCACCCGGAAAAGUUGCCAGGAGUUAGCACAGAUGGGCUAGUUCGUCACUUCUUUCAUCGACCAUCGAAAGCAUAUACAACAGGAACCAGAAAGAGAAGAAAGGUUCACACAGACACGGAGGGCGGUGAGACCCGGUGGCACAAAACUGGCAAGACUAGGCCGGUGUUUGUUAGUGGCAAGGUAAAAGGUUACAAGAAAAUUCUUGUGCUUUACACCAAUUACGGAAAGCAGAAAAAGCCUGAGAAAACCAAUUGGGUGAUGCACCAGUACCACCUCGGCAACAACGAAGAAGAGAAAGAUGGAGAGCUUGUGGUUUCAAAAGUUUUUUACCAAACACAGCCGAGACAAUGUGGUUCACUCAUGAAGGACACCCUCCCUCCAAAAUCAAUGAAGGGGCCAAGUGGCCAUGAGGGUCUCAAAAAUAAUCCAGGUCUUGAGACGUAUUACAAUUCUUCAUUCAUAUCUUUUGAUCAAGGAGGUCAAAAUAGAGCUAGCCCUCCUCAAAUGAUUCCCCAUUUCGCAUCCCAUGGUGGUUCUUCGUUUAUUCCUUGAAACCAGAGAAUAAAAAAACAAAAAAAGAAAAAUGAAUAAAUAAGGGAGGCAGGGAAGAAAAGGGAGAAAAAGGAAGUUAAAAUGGAGGCUAGAGAUGUGCUUCCAAUAAUUGUGCAAUGGUGGGAAUAAGUUGAUAUACAAAUAAUAUUUCGGGAAAGGAGCACACAAGGGACAGGAAGAAUAAGGAAGAGUUUUCUUGAAGAGUAGUAGAAGUUGGAUUCUUGAACGUGGAAUUUGAGGAUUUGAACUGAACACUUUUUUAUUUUUUUGUUAGGCUUUAAAAUGCAAGCUUUGUACAGUUUCAAGAAUGUAAAUUUGACAAACAUGGGUCAUGGGCAAUGACAAUGUUAACUUUCAAACUGUACACACAUAUUUUUAUCUUCAUAUAAUAUUAUAUUAGGAUUUACCCUUUUUUUCU